UCAGCUGUUUCUGUUGUUUGGCAAAGAAUGGAUUUGACGCUGGACAAAAAGCUUCAGGGAUUUCAGUUGGUGGCGCAGGAAAAGCUUUGCUCAAUACUAUGUUCCAUACCUGGAAAAAAGGAGUUAAUUUUGGAGCCAGAGUUGAUAAAGCCACUGGAACAUGUUGUCACUGCCUCCUGGUUAAAGCUGAAGGGCAUUCAGAGGAUCUACAAACAUGAUGCGGAGCAGUCUUUACCCAGAUCCGCUGAUGAGGUGCACAUCUAUAUGAUCCGCAGUGUUUUGGGAACCUUUCAGACAUUACUUAAACAACUGCAACCCGUGGCCAUGGAGCUGAUGCCGGACAUAUCCUUGAAGAUGUACCACAUAGUCUGUGUGCCCAGUUGCUAUUCCUAUUUCCAAACUCUCCUGGAGCAAGCAGGCCUCUAUGGUUUGGUGGAACUUCAUCACUUUAACUGGGAUUUCAUAUACUUUGAUCAGGGAGUUCUUAGUUUGGAGCUGCCCAAUCUCUACAAAUGCCUCUACCUCCAGGGAAACACAUCUCCUUUGCCUCCUGUGGCCCAAAGUCUGCGCUUGCUUCAGAUGAUCUGCGGUCAACCCGCUGUGAUCCUCAGCUUUGGUAGCCAUUCAUCUCAAUUGCUGCAGAUGUUGAAGGCUCUGGGGAAGCUCCCGGAAUCCACGACUCCCCCGGACUACGGCGGUUGGCUUAUCAUUGACCGGGAUAAGGAUUACCCCGCCAGCCUGCUCACGCCGGCCAUUUAUGCGGGCUUACUCCUAGAAGUUUUCGAGCAGCGUUCUGGUGAGAUUCUGGUGGAUAACUCAAAGAACAAGAUUAGCAGCCAGCGUGUGGAGCUGCUGCAGGGAAAAAAAGCCAAGGGAGGACCAAACCCAGCCAGCAAACCCUGCUCCAUUCGCCUAAACUCCCCCUCAGAUGAAAUUUACGCCGACAAUCGCUACAAGCGGUUUGCCCAGGUCAGCAGCUUAAUUCACGCACAAGUAAAAGCUUUGGGCUUGGAACUCCAGAAGCUCAAUGACAUGCAGCUGGAGGAGAUGCACGACUAUGUGGCCAGAAAGCUGCCCAAACUCACCGAGCUGAAAAGCAAAGUCCUUAGACAUCUGAAUGCCAGCGAGAUUGUGAUUCAAAUGAUGGGUAACUUUAGGAGGCUGCAAACUCUGGAGGAGGACAUCUUGAACAAUGUGUCGAGGAAACGAUUGCUAAGCGAGAUCGAUGAGCUGAUGACCACCGAUGGUCAGAGAUUUAAUACCCUACGAUUGCUGUGCCUUUUGCAUCAUUGUGUUGGCGUGGCGCCCGAGGAGCUGCAGAUCUUUGCGAGGAACUACUGCAAUCUGUUUGGCCAUCAGGAGUUGGGUGUAUUUCAGCAGUUGUCGCAGGCGGGACUGCUGCCACCACUUGUGGUGGAAAAGAAGGCUCCGACCAAGCUGCUUUCCAAUCUUCCGCUGCCCAAGUUCCAACAAACAGAGUUCCAGGCCAAUGCCAAUCGACUGAAGCUCCUAACCUCCAGUGGAGAUGGACCGGAUGGUGGCUCCGCCUCCAAAACGCAAGCUGCUGGCCUGCAAUCCUGCCCCAGUUUUGUGUUUAAUGGCACCUACAUCCCUUUGGUGGCGCAGCUCUGCUCGAUUUUGUUAAAAACCAAUAGUGCCGAGGAGUUAUCUUUAAAGCUGGGCAUGAUUGAAGGUUUGCAAUUGCAUCUGAAUACGGGGAAAACCACGCCCAAGAUGUAUGCCAACCAACUGAAGGUGAACGGAGGUGCAGAACAGGAUGUGUUCCCCUUGCGACUGAGGAAUCUCUUUGUUUUCGUCGUGGGAGGAGCUAGCUAUGCAGAAGUGGCCGCCUGCGAUUUCGUGGCCAAGCUGACGGGCGCCCAAAUAACCGUGGCAUCUGACUCUCUAAUGGCGGGCAGCGAUUUGAUCGCCACCGCCUUUAACCACUGACCAUGAACUAACCAAGAAUCUGUGUAUCAAGUGAUUUAUAUAUUUUUAUAUAGUGCUGAAGAACGCUUGUGAUUGAACAAUUUUCGAAUUCUAUUACUUAAUAAUGCUCUUUUCCGAAUAAAUAUUUUUAAACUAAA